AUGGCUAGAUUAUUAAGUCGAAUUUUUAGAGGUAUAACUCAUAAUAAGAACAAAGAAGACCAAAAAUGUAAAAAUUCAUUACCAUUUGAUAAAAUUCCACAAAUUUUUGAUGAUUCAAUAGGUGAUGGUGAUAUUUCAAGACUUGAACAAAAAUUAACAGAUGAAGAAACAUUACAAAAUUUCAAUCAUUCAGAUGUAUUUGGGGCAAUUUCAAAUGAUGCUGUGGUUUUUAUAAUUAAAAUGUAUGAUUUAAUUGAAGAUUUAAAUACAUUACAAGUUUCAGAAAAAAGUGAAGAAGUAAAAUUAAAUUAUAGAACUGAAUUUGAUGAAAGAUUUAAAAUCAUUUUAAAUAAUUUAAUCUAUGUCAAAGAAAAUGAUUUUCAAAAAUCUGAAUUAGAAAUUAUAAAAUUUUUAUUUCAAGAAUUAAAAAAUUCAAGAAAUGUCAUAUUAUUAAGUAAUAAAUUAAAACCAAUUGAAAAUAUAAAUAAUGAUUUGAAAACUAGUAUAUUUCAAUAUUUUAAAGAAAUUUGGUGUUUUGAAAUAUCAACUUCAAUUAAUGAUGAAUUUAUGAUCGAUUUAUAUUCAAUAAGUUUAAAAAUUUGGGAAAUGAAAAUUAUUUCAUUAGUUGUAUCCCAACAAGAAUAA